ACAUCAUGCAGCAGGCCGACAGUCGAGGACAAACUCUUGAACAGAAUUUUGUUUCUCUUUUGUUCUUUGGGGGCAUUGGAUUGGCCUGUAGCUGUUGCGGGUAGUACUGCUUGUGUAGUCCAUGUAAGAACGAAGUGUGCGUGAGUAGAAUUGAAAGGUUUUGCGGCGGUUGCUAGCUUAUUUUCCAGGGGCCAAACUGGCUGAAAUAUCAAGAGAUAACGGUGCUCGCCGGCGAAGAUACCCUGGAAGUCAAGUCCAGGGAUUUGGCUGGACUCCACAUGCUGAUGCCGAACUUGAGAGACAGUCAUCUUCACCAGCGGAAGCAGUCGAAAUGACUGGCCGUGAUCGAACUCAGGAGUUCCUCUCUGCUGUACAGUCCAUUCAAAGCCGUCAAGCGAAUGGAUUUGCUCGGCCACAUAGAAAGCAGGCUAUUGAGCCGGACGCAUUUGGAAAAAUAGCAAAGCAAAUUGGCGUUGAUUUGAGUCAAACUGUCGCAAAACUUCAGAAGCUGACCUUGCUGGCCAAGGACAGCUCUAUAUUUGAUGACCAUGCUGUGGAGAUCCAAGAACUCACUCAAAUUAUCAAAGAGGAUAUCAAUGUAUUAAACCAUCAGAUUGCCCAGCUACAGGAGCUGGCCCGUUCUAAUCGCCGCUCACAACAUGUUCAGUCACACAAGAAGACCGUGGCAAUAUCUCUACAGUCACGACUGGCCGGCAUGUCGAAAGAUUUCAAAAGUGUGCUGGAAGUGCGAACUGAGAACAUGAAGCAGCAGCAGAAAAAGCGUGACCAGUAUUCGCAAGACCUGACCCCGCGUACCCUGCCGUUUGCGCUGUCCGGUCGUGACGGUGGUGGUGGAUCUGCACUGCUGCGGACAACGUCGGCAGCUGCACGUCGAGAUGGCUCUGGUGGUGCUGGCCACGUUGAGUUGAACAUGGAGGGUUUCCAGGACCAGCUGAUGGCGUCACCGGACCAGUCUACAAGCUAUGCCGAGCAGCGGGCUGAUGCGGUGGCGUCGAUCGAAUCCACCAUUGUCGAGCUCGGCUCGAUCUUCAGUCAGCUGGCAAACAUGGUCCAGGAGCAGGAGGAGCAGGUUAUGAGAAUCGAUCAGAAUGUGGAUGAAACUGUCAUGAACGUAGAGGCUGGAUACGGGGAGCUGCUCAAAUACUUCAAGGGCAUCUCGUCCAACCGAUGGCUCAUGGUCAAGAUCUUCAUGGUUGUGCUCGUCUUUUUCAUCGUGUUUGUCGUGUUCAUGACGUAGUCCACGGCGCUCGUCGGCGUGCCUAGGCACACCUUGAUUCCUCUAAAUAGAAAACUUCUCUGGUAUUAUAGCAGCCCAUCUCAAUCUCCAUACUCCAGCCUGCACGAUUGCUACCACUGCUGUGUACACAGCGCCACAAAACUAGCACGCUAGGUCAUGAAACGUCCACCCAAGUCCUCAUGCAACACACUUCAGCAGUGCGAAGGCCAUCUCCAGGUCUGACUGGCCUUCGCUUGCUUCGUAUUGCCUUUAUUCUGCUUACUCUAAUUUCAGCCGUUUGCAUCCAUGUUUGUCUUACUCUCGCUACUAAUUGUGUAUACCCGCCAUUUGAAUGAAUAAUAUUAUUAUGUACCUUUUUUUCUUUUUAAAUGUCGGCCUUGACUGAAGUGUUUGGUAUUAAUUUAUGACUCUUUAGAAAUAACCAGCAUCGCACCAGUGUUUGGGUUGGUAUCCGGGAGUACUCCCUGGUUGGUUUUAAGCCACGAGUUGCCUGAUGAAGUUUUGAGCAAGACUUUUCCCAUAAUCACCAGUAUUGCUAGUGCCAUCAUUUGCUUCUUGUUGAGUACAGUUUUGCAGGUGUGA